AUGACUCGCGUCCAGCAGCAGGCAGGCAAGGCCCGGCGACUUGUGCUUCACGUUGGCGCCUGCAUCUCCGCCAACAUCGAGACCAUCGGCAAGCACGUCUGCGACGCACAGUUCCAGACAUUCAAGGGAUGCAUGCAGCAAGUGAUGAAGCGCAAGUGGUAG